AUGGCUGCUGUCACUUCUGGCGGCGCAGCCGUUGCGGCUGAGACUGGCACACGCGGAAGGGGCCCGAAAAGCUGGGGUUCCCUCACGCAUGUGUGUCGCCAGCGAGAUUCAGCACAGCUGAGUGGGGCGCGGUGGCGCGCAAAGGCCGGUGCCGGAAUGCCCUCCGCGGCCCAGUCGGUAAAUCACACGGCUCUUAACCGUGUGCUUGGGGGCUCGGUCCCCGCAGGGAGCGCUUCCCCCCUCGUCCCCCGCGCCGCUUCUCUGCCGCCGUCGCCCACAACCGGCGCCGCGAACGCAGGGCGGCAAAACAGGGCCGCGCGAGAAGGGUGCUUAAGCGCCAGCCGGGAGUCCCGCAUCGGCAGCCGUGGGCCCUCCGCACUUGUACUCCGUGUCCCCCUCUCUCCCCGGCAAACGGCCACUAAGAAGAAGAACGGCAAAUGUGCUGCCUAG